AUUCAUUCCAGCGGGGAGCUGACGGAGUCGCGCCAUGAGCAAAGAUAUCCGGAGCAUCGUGCCCUUUGCGGUCGGGAUCCUCUUCUUUGUGAUUUAUUUCACCGUUCUCUUGGUUCGUUUCGAGGACACCCUAUUGGCUCCGCCCACCCAGCGGGUGGCGCGCGACGUCUCUGUGGUCAGAUUACCACGGCUCUACUUUUGCCCCGCCAACCGCUUCAAGCAGGCCCGCAUGAUUUGGAGUUCUUAUGAAUGUUCCCUGAGCUACAAACUGGAAAAUGACCAGUGCAGCGCUCGGAUCCAGCACUAUGGUGGCGAUGAGCCACAGGUUUUUCGGCAUGGUGCCAACUGGUCUUCAGCCUGCCUGGAGUUUGGCACUCAUCGAAUCGGUGUGAAGCAGGAGCACAGCGCAGCAUGGAAUGAGAUUUCGCUGAAAGCAGCGUUUCUGCUUCCAGUCCAUGGCUUGCUCGAGGAUGUCUUCGAAGAGGUUGAGCUGGGGUAUUUGCCAAGGGAGUGGGAAGUCGGUGACGCACCAUCCACCAUUGAGCACUACUAUGCACCUCUGAUCCGAGUGCCUCUCUUCAAACCCAGUAGCCUGUCGAAACCUAGCCCUGGCGUGGUCACACGCAUGUACAUGGCAGAGGAGGAAGAUCAUGGACGACAUGAAGCUGGCGACUAUUGGUAUGUCUAUGGUACCAGCAUCAUCCCUGUUUCCAAUGCCACGGUGCCGGAGCAGAGCUUCCUACAGGAGCCGGGCGAAUGGGUGAAAGCCCCCGAGAGCCGCCGCGCCAUCGCGCACGUGGUCAUCACCUUGGAGGAUUUCACCAAGUAUGAAUAUCGAGUUCAGCCAGUGAUCUAUCCAUUGCUGUCGCUCUUUUCGCAGCUCUCUGGGGUAGCGGCCCUCUUCUGCUGGGCGUUCUUCAAAAGUCCUAUUCUCAGCCGAAAGAUCCUAGAGGUGGCUGAGGAGGAACCCAAAUCAGAGCAGGGUCCCAAGACACGAAGUCCGCGAAGAUCUGGCCAAAGAGCGACCAGAUAUGAAGGUGAAUAUAGCAGCAUUGCAGAUGCAGAUGAAGAAGAACAACAAUCCUUGCUGGAAGUUGGGGGCGGAGGUCGUGGUGCUUCACUCUUGGAUGGCACUGAGGGGGAGGGUCUUUGAAGUUCUCUGCGGGAUGCUGCA